AUGAAAGUCACGAAUUAUCUUAUUGCAGUCAUAGCCUAUGCCUGUUACUCGCUUGCUCAAGAUUCAACUACCUUGGACACUGGGAUUAUGACGAUCCAACCUAUAACGUCAAUUAUUCCCUCGUCCCUCACUUCUACGCUUCCGCCCGCGAGUACAAGUACGACUACGCGUCUUGGAGGUUCUCAGAUUGAGCCCAGCUCAUUUUCAGUCUCGCGACCCACGAUCAGCGACGUUUCGAGUGAUAGACCUACUCAAACCACGACAGGCUCUUCCGACGUUGUAACUACCACCAUCUCUUUGCCUACUGGCACCUCUCCUGCUGGUAGCUCAACCACGUUGGGUGGUAGUAGCCCGGCUUCGAGCCCAACACCUACAAGCAACGCUGGAAUUGAACGUUUUUCAGCCCUUCCCAUCGGUCUCGUUGGAACUCUGGCUGCUCUUAGUGGAGCUAUUCUAUUUUAG